AUGAGUAAAUCAUCGACACAGAGUUCAUCACCAUCAUCCUCACCAACAAAAGUCGUUUUUCGUCAACCCGGAACGACAACAAAUUCUCAACAAAGAAAUUCGCAUAGAGAAAAUUCACCAGAUAACCAAUUCAGAAUCGGCGAUCGAGUUAGUAUUCAUGGUGCAUCAGGAACAAUAGUAUUUAUUGGUUCGACACAUUUUGCGGAAGGCGAAUGGCUUGGAAUUAAUCUUGAUGAAGCACAAGGCAAAAAUGAUGGUUCACAUGGUGGUAUUCGCUAUUUUGAAACGGAUGCUAAUCGUGGUCUUUUCUGUCGACCUGAUAAAGUUCAACGUUUAUCACUUAAUGGUUCUUCUCAAAGAAAUUCAAUACUGUUUAAUCAAAUCAGAUUACCUAUCAUAGAUGAAACUGACCAUGGAUUGGAACUAUUAUCAAAUAAAAAUCUUCAAAUAGGUGAUCGAGUAGUUAUUCGUGGAACAAAAUAUGGUAUUCUAAAAUAUAUUGGUAAAAUUCAUGUCAAUGAAGGUAUAUGGUGUGGCAUUAAACUAGAUGGUCCCUUGGGUAAACAUGAUGGUAAAAUUGAAGGGAUACGAUAUUUUCAAUGUCAACAUCGUUAUGGAAUUUUUGCUCCUUUACAAAGUGUUGAAAAAGUCAUUACUGAUACCGAUGAUAUAAGAAGAAUUUCUCGGCAGUCAAUCAUUUCAACAGGUUCAUGUGAUCAAUAUCAUGAUACAAAUAGUCAAGAUUCGAACAUUUCUGAAUUUUCAACAUCACCAAAUAGUUUGCAUUAUUUUCCACCACGAUCACCAAGAAAAUUUCCUCAACCAAAUUUUUCUACCGAUGUAACAUCAAUGGAAACAUUAUCAUCAACACAAAUAACAGAUUUACAUGAAAAAAUAAAAGAAAAAAAUCUAUCUAUUGAAAAAUUAAGCAAAGAAAAUGAAAGAGAUCGUUUAGAAUUGUCGAAUUCUAAAGAACAAAUGAAUCAAAUGAAAAAACAGCUAAUAACCUUACAACAACAAUACGAAAUAAAAGAAAAACAAAACGAACAAUUAAUAAAAGAACAAGUUGAAUUAAGACAACGUUUAGAAGAUUUACAAUUUCAACUUGAAGAAUAUCAAUAUUCUGAAACAGAUACAGACCUUUUAAAAAUACCUAUUGAUGAUCAUAAUCAAUUAUUAUCUCGAAAUGAAAUUGCAAAUUAUGAACAAACAAAAGAAAAACUUGUUCAACUUGAAUCUAUUAAUAAAAAUUUAAUACAUGAAAAACAAAUAUUACAAGAAGAAUUAAAACAAUCUAAUGAAAUAAAAGAAAAAGAAAAACAAACAAAUAACUUUAUUAAUGAAUUAGAAAAACAAAUUGAAUUACUUAAAUUCCAAAUAUCUGAUCUACAAAAUAAAGAUCAAAAUAAAACUAUUCAAUUGAAUGAAAAAGAUACGUUUUACAAACAGCAAAUCAUCGAAUAUCAAUCAAAAAUUGAUCAAAUCACUAAACAAGAUCAAAAUAUUCGAUUACAACUAACAACAGUAGAACAAGAGAAACAUUUAAAUGAUAAACAAAUUACGAAUUUAUUGGAUGAACUAAAACGAUAUAAAGAAAGUAUUGUUCCUGAUAUGGAAAAAGAAUGUCAAAUACUCAAAUCCGAAUUAGAAAACCGAGAUUCCACUGGUAAUAGAGAACUUAAUGAACGCGAAAUAUAUUAUCAACAACAAAUAAAAGAAUAUCAAGGUAAUAUUGAUCGAGUUACUUAUGAAACAGAAAAAAUUCGAACUGAAUUACGACAACUACAACAAGCAAAUGAUUUAAAAGAGAAAACAACUAAAACUUUAAUUGAUGAAUUGAAGAAAAAUUAUGAAACAGUUCAAAAUGAAUUAAUGGAAUUAAAUGAACAAGAAUAUACAGCAAAAAUGACUUUAAAUCAACGCGAAUCAUAUUAUAAACAACAAAUAAAUGAAUAUGAAAAUAAUCUAAAUCAAGCAAUGCGUCAAACUCAAAAGAUUCAAAAUGAAUUAGUUAAAUUAGAAGAAGAAAAAUCUUCGCAUGAUAAUAAAUCUAAUAAUACAAUUAAUUUAUUAAAACAAGAUUAUGAAAAACAAUAUGAAAUCUUACAAAGUCAAUUAACAGAAUUACAAGAUAAAGAUCAUACACAUAAUAUUAUCUUAAAUGAACGUAUAGGUCAUUAUGAAAUACAAAUAAAAGAACAUCAAAUUAAAAUAGAUCAACAUAUUCGUGAAAUACAAGCUCUUCAAGCUGAAUUAAUAAAUUUACAAGAAGAAAAAUCAAAUGAUGAAGAGCAAUUCAAUGAUACGAUUAGUAAAUUACAACAUGAUUAUGAAACUCUGAAAUUUGAAUUACACGAACGAGAUCAAACACAAACCAUCGUAAUGAACGAACGUGAUGCUCUUCAUCAAUCCCAAAUAAAAGAACUUGAAACCAAGAGAGAUCAAUCACUUGUUGAAAUACAAAAUCUUCAAUCUGAAUUAAUUAAAUUACGAGAAGAGAAAAACACCAUCGAAAAACAACUGAAAGAAACUAUCAAUACGUUAAAACAAGAUCAUGAAAGACAAUAUAAAGAACUUCAAACUGAAAUAGAUGAAUUAAAUGAACGAGAACGUAAAGCACAUAGAACUGUACAUCAACAUGAAGCAGAAUUUGAACAGCAAGUAAAAGAUUAUCAAACUAAAAUAGAAGAAGCCAAUAUCGAAACUCAACAUAUUCAAACUCAAUUAGCUGAACUUCUAGAAGAAAAAUCCAAAUCCGAUGAUACAAAUAGUUCAUUAAAACAAGACAUUGAAAGACUUACAGAUGAAUUGAAAAAUCGAGAUCACACUCAAAAUAUGGCAUUAAAGGAACAUGAAGCUUUUUAUGAACUACGAAUAAAAGAAUAUCAAAUUAAGAAAGAUCAAGAUGUUCAUGAAAUAGAUAUUCUUCGAGCUGAAUUAGCGAAUUUACAAGAAGAAAAACUAUUUCAUGAAAAACAAUUAAAUGAGAUGAUUAUUAAAUUAAAACAAGAUUAUGAAAAUCUUAAACAUGAGUUACACGAACAAGAAGAAAAAACUAUACAUCAACGUGAAUCAGAAUUUGAACAACAAAGAAAAGACUAUGAAGAUAAAUUAGAAGAGGCUAUUCUUGCAAGUCAACAUAUUCAAACUCAAUUAACAGAAUUACUAGAAGAAAAAUCGAAAUUCGAGGAAACAAGCAUUCUAUUAAAACAAGACAUUGAAAGACUUCAAAUUGAAUUAGAAGAUCGAGAUCGUACACCGAAUAUGGCUACGAAUGAACGUGAAGCUCAUUAUCAGGCUCAGAUAAAAGAACUUGAAACCAAGAAACAUCAAUCACUUGAUGAAAUACAACAUCUUCAAUCUGAAUUAAUUAAAUUAAGAGAAGACAAAAACACUAUCGAAAAUCAAUUCAAUGAAACUAUCGAUUCCUUAAAACAAGAUCAUGAAAGACAUUGUAAAGAGCUUCAAACUGAAAUAGAUGAAUUAAAUGAACGAGAAGAAAAAACUGUACAUCAACAUGAAUCAGAAUUUGAACAACAAAGAAAAGACUAUGAAGAUAAACUAGAAGAAGCUAUUCUUGCAAGUCAACGUACUCAAACUCAAUUAGCAGAAUUACUAGAAGAAAAAUCGAAAUUCGAGGACACAAGUAUUCUAUUAAAACAAGACAUUGAAAGGCUUCAAACUGAAUUAGAAGAUCGAGAUCGUACACAGAAUAUGGCUACGAAUGAACGUGAAGCUCAUUAUCAGGCUCAGAUAAAAGAACUUGAAACCAAGAAACAUCAAUCACUUGAUGAAAUACAAAAUCUUCAAUCUGAAUUAAUUAAAUUAAGAGAAGACAAAAACACUAUCGAAAAUCAAUUCAAUGAAACUAUCGAUUCCUUACAACAAGAUCAUGAAAGACAUUGUAAAGAGCUUCAAACUGAAAUAGAUGAAUUAAAUGAACGAGAAGAAAAAACUGUACAUCAACAUGAAUCAGAAUUUGAACAACAAAGAAAAGACUAUGAAGAUAAAUUAGAAGAAGCUAUUCUUGCAAGUCAACAUAUUCAAACUCAAUUAGCAGAAUUACUAGAAGAAAAAUCGAAAUUCGAGGACACAAGUAUUCUAUUGAAACAAGACAUUGAAAGGCUUCAAACUGAAUUAGAAGAUCGAGAUCGUACACAGAAUAUGGCUACGAAUGAACGUGAAGCUCAUUAUCAAGCUCAGAUAAAAGAACUUGAAACCAAGAAACAUCAAUCACUUGAUGAAAUACAACAUCUUCAAUCUGAAUUAAUUAAAUUAAGAGAAGACAAAAACACUAUCGAAAAUCAAUUCAAUGAAACUAUCGAUUCCUUAAAACAAGAUCAUGAAAGACAUUGUAAAGAGCUUCAAACUGAAAUAGAUGAAUUAAAUGAACGAGAAGAAAAAACUGUACAUCAACAUGAAUCAGAAUUUGAACAACAAAGAAAAGACUAUGAAGAUAAAUUAGAAGAAGCUAUUCUUGCAAGUCAACGUAUUCAAACUCAAUUAACAGAAUUACUAGAAGAAAAAUCGAAAUUCGAGGAUACAAGCAUUCUAUUAAAACAAGACAUUGAAAGACUUCAAACUGAAUUAGAAGAUCGAGAUCGUACACAGAAUAUGGCUACGAAUGAACGUGAAACUCAUUAUCAAGCUCAGAUAAAAGAGCUUGAAACCAAGAAACAUCAAUCACUUGAUGAAAUACAAACUCUUCAAUCUGAAUUAAUUAAAUUAAGAGAAGACAAAAACACUAUCGAGAAUCAAUUCAAUGAAACUAUCAAUACCUUAAAACGAGAUAAUGAAAAACUUCAAAAUGAAAGAGAACGUAACGAUAACAUGAUUCUUAAUGAACAUGAAUCACAAUAUAAACAACAGAUUGAUGAAUAUGAAAAGGAUCUAGAACUUUCUUCACAUGAAAUUGAAAAUAUUAAAUCUGAAUUGGCAAAUUUACAAGAAGAAAAAGAAUCUAAUGAAAAAGAAUUAAAUAAUUUAAUGAUGACAAUGCAACAAGAUUUUGACAAACAAAUUGAAAUUCUCAAAACAAAAAAUAUUGAAUUACAAAAAUAUCAUGAUACAAAAAAUAACGAAUUAAAUCAAACGGAAGAACAAAUAAAUGAAUAUGAAUUGAAAUUCAAUCACUUAAAUAAAAAUCUUGAAGAACUACAACAACAAAAUGAAAGUAAACUUGAACAAAUAAAUCAAUUAAAAAUUGAACUUGAUAAACAACAUCAAGAAAAUCAAGAACUAACAAAUUUGAAACAGCAAUAUGAACAAACACAAAAUGAACUUAUUCAACGUACGGAAAAUUUAACACAAGUAAAUGAAAAACUUCAACAAGAACUUAAAGAUUUUAAAAAUGAAAAUGAACAACAAUUCACAAAUCAAGCUAUUAACGAAAUGACAGAAAAACAAAUUUCAAAUGAUGAAUUAACAAAACAGUUAAAUGAUCUACAACAAAUGUAUGAUAAUCUUCUUGAAAAGCAAGCUAAUACUGAACAAAAAUAUGCAGAAGAUAAACAAGCUGAGGAAAAAAUUAUGAAAGAAAAAAUUAUUGAAUAUGAAACAAGAAUUAUAUUAGUAAAAAAUGAAUAUAUGGUCGAAAUGGAAAAUGCUAAACUCGACCAUGAACAAGAACUACUUCGAUUAAAAAAUCAACUUCAACAAGCAAAUUCAACCAAGAGAAAAAAAUGA